AUGGCUCUCUGCAUUAAAUCUCACUUCCCUUCCCAUCUCUUUCAAGUCAUUCUCCUUCAUUCUUCCAUUAAAGUUUGAGGCGGCUUUUAAACAAGUUUAAGGUAUUUGUCUCGAGGCUAACUGACACCAUUUUCGACGCAGAAAAAAACAAAGAAACUGCAGUCACAGCUAUGUCUCCCCCUUCUAUCCUAGGGAACGGCAAAGACUGUUCUGGAAGUGCAGCUGAGGAAAUCUAUGCUGACAUUAAUUGGGAUGAGCUUGGAUUUAAUAUAAUCCCAACAGAUUACAUGUAUGUUAUGAAAUGUGCAAAAGGAGAUAAGUUCUCACAAGGAUCCCUUCUUCCCUAUGGAAACAUUGAGAUCAGCCCUUCUGCUGGCAUCUUAAAUUAUGGACAGGGUAUCUUUGAGGGGCUAAAGGCACUCAGGACUAAAGAUGGACGUAUACUUCUAUUUCGACCAGAAGAGAAUGCUCAACGCAUGAAGAUAGGAGCAGACAGAUUGUGCAUGCCAUCUCCAUCUAUUGACCAGUUUCUUAAUGCUGUAAAACAAAUUGUUCUUGCCAACAAACGUUGGGUGCCUCCUCCAGGAAAAGGGUCACUGUAUAUUAGGCCAUUGCUCAUGGGAACAGGAGCAUUGUUAGGUGUGGCACCAGCACCUGAGUAUACUUUUCUUGUUUAUUGUUCUCCUGUUGGAAGCUACCACAAGGGUGCACUAAACUUAAAAGUUGAGGAUAAACUAUAUAGAGCAAUAUCUGGCACUGGUGGAACCGGAGGGAUCAAAAGUGUUACCAAUUAUGCCCCUGUUUACACUGCAAUGAGUAAAGCAAAAGCCAACGGAUUCUCCGAUGUGUUGUUCUUAGACGCAGCAACUGGAAAACAUAUAGAAGAGGCCACGGCAUGUAAUGUGUUUGUUGUGAAGGGCAAUGUCAUCUCCACUCCUGCAACAGAUGGAACCAUCUUGCCUGGUAUCACGCGAAAAUCCAUCAUUGACAUCGCCAUUGAUUUGGGUCAUCAGGUCGUGGAACGUGCCGUAUCAGUGGAGGAAAUGCUAGAUGCUGAAGAAAUGUUCUGCACGGGAACUGCAAUGGUUGUCAACUCUGUUGCAUCGGUAACCUACAAGGAUACAAGAGUGAAUUACACAACAGGUCCAGAAACAUUGUCAGCAAAACUACGGAAAACACUAGUUGGAAUUCAAACAGGGAGUCUCGAGGACAAAAAGUCAUGGACUGUCCGAGUAGAUUGAGUAUAUUGAACACCAUUUGUUAAAUGUUAUUUGUUGCACUUAAAAUAUGUUCAGAGCAAAGGUACCUUAUCUCAACAAUAAGAAUAGACUAGAGUCCAAAUAUUAAAACCAAUCGACUAGACGUCAAUUAUUAUUGCAAUAAAAGUUCUUGAUUGUUUAA